GCCCUGUUCGCUUUCAAAGUUUACUCCGGGUUGGGACCCGCGGCGGAAGCAAACCAUGGCUGUCUAUCUCGGGAUGCUGCGCCUCGGAAGGCUGUGUAUCGCGAGCCUGGGGGCGCAGGGACCCCGGGCGCUGCUCUCUCGGCCUUGGCAGAACUCGAAGUUGCAGGGUGUCCGCGCUCUCAGUUCUGUAAUGGUGAAUUGCACCAACCCCUUGCCCAUCGGAGGCCUCAGCUACAUCCAAGGCCACACCAACUCGCAUCUUGUCAACACAACUGUGGGUGAGUGCCUGGAUGCCACAGCACAGAAGUUCCCCAACCGAGAGGCUUUGGUUAUUCUCCAUGAAGACAUCAGGCUGAACUUUGCACAGCUCAAAGAGGAGGUGGACAAAACUGCUUCUGGUCUUCUGAGCAUUGGCCUCCGCAAGGGUGACCGACUGGGCAUGUGGGGACCCAACUCCUAUGCAUGGGUGCUCAUUCAGUUGGCCACUGCCCAGGCAGGCAUCAUCCUGGUGUCUGUGAACCCAGCCUAUCAGUCCACAGAACUGGAAUAUGUCCUCAGAAAGGUAGCCUGCAAAGCCAUUGUGUUCCCUAAACAAUUCAAGACCCAGCAAUACUACAGCAUUCUGAAGCAGAUCUGUCCCGAGCUGGAAAAGGCCCAGCCUGGGGCCUUGAAGAGUAAGAGGCUCCCAGACCUGACCACAGUCAUCUCAGUGGAUGCCCCUUUGCCGGGGACCCUGCUGCUGGAUGAUGUGGUGGCAGCCGGUAGCAAGGAACCGAAUCUGGCCCAGCUGCGUUACCACCAGCAGUUCUUGUCUUGUUACGACCCCAUCAACAUCCAGUUUACCUCGGGGACAACCGGCAGCCCCAAGGGAGCCACUCUUUCCCAUCACAACAUUGUCAACAACUCCAACCUGUUAGGCCAGCGUCUGAAGAUGCCCACAAAGACUGCUGAGGAAUUGCGCUUGGUCCUGCCCAGUCCCCUGUACCACUGCUUGGGCUCCGUGGGGGGCACGAUGGUGUCAGUGGUGCACGGUGCCACCCUUCUCCUGUCUUCUCCAAGCUUCAAUGGCAAGAAGGCGCUGGAAGCCAUCAGCAGAGAGAAAGGCACCAUCCUGUAUGGCACACCCACGAUGUUUGUGGAUAUUCUGAAUCAGCCAGACUUCUCCAGUUAUGAUUUCUCAUGCAUACGUGGAGGUGUGAUUGCUGGGUCCCCAGCGCCCCCGGAGUUGAUCCGAGCCAUCAUCAGCAAGAUGAACAUGAAGGAGCUAGUGGUUGUUUACGGAACCACAGAGAACAGUCCGGUGACCUUCAUGAACUUCCCCGAGGACACCCUGGAGCAGAAGGCUCAAACUGUGGGCAGAGUGAUGCCUCACACAGAGGCCCAGAUCGUGAACAUGGAGACGGGGGAGCUGAGCAAGCUGAACACGCCUGGGGAGCUGUACAUCCGAGGAUACUGCGUCAUGCAGGGCUACUGGGGCGAGCCGCAGAAGACCUUCGAAACGGUUGGACAAGACAAGUGGUAUCGGACAGGAGACAUCGCCUCGAUGGAUGAGCAGGGUUUCUGCAAGAUCGUAGGCCGCUCUAAGGACAUGAUCAUCCGGGGAGGCGAGAACAUCUACCCCGCGGAGCUGGAGGACUUCUUCCACAGACACCCCCAGGUGCAGGAAGUGCAGGUGGUGGGGGUGAAGGACGAGCGGAUGGGGGAAGAAAUCUGCGCUUGCAUCCGGCUAAAGAGUGGGGAGACCAUCACAGAGGAGGAGAUCAAAGCUUUCUGCAAAGGGAAGAUCUCCCACUUUAAGAUUCCUAGAUACAUCGUGUUUGUUGAAGACUAUCCUCUCACCAUCUCAGGAAAGAUACAGAAAUUCAAACUCCGAGAGCGGAUGGAACAACAUCUAAAACUGUGAAGCAAAGGAG